GGACCUUGGUUAUAUAUAUUUAAGCUUUAGCUCAAGUAUCCUUAUAAGGCUUUAGUCAACCAAAGUGGUGAAUCUACAUAUGCAUACUACAGCCAGACGCAGCCUCUCAUCUGCGUAACAUGGACGUAUGUUGACGAUUCAUAAGCUUACCUACCCCAAAGACCCUGAAUAUGUCUAGACUAUGGCAGCCUGGUCGGGAACCGCUUUAGGAAAUUCUUCGGUCGAUUGUGGCUGAUGGAGCUUCCUUAAGUUUCCCCCUCCCAUAGUCUAUAUCUACAAUAUGUACCUGGUGAGUUCAACUUGGACAAACGCAUGUACCAGAGGUAAUUGAUUGCCAAACUCCAAUUCCCAAUAAAUACUUGCCACUGAGCUGGAGGCCUGAAGAACUCAAUUCGCUUGCCGAUAUUCUUGUGAGUCACGAAGACUCAGAUCGAGUCAAUUAUCGCGUAUGUAAUAUCAACAUCAGGCAGCAGGAUUCUCACACAUUUGGUUUUUAUUCUCGCUGUUAGCCUUCAAUAUGUGGUGAAUGAUAUCAAAGUGCUUACUCCAAGCGAUUUAUACCUGCUACGAUGGACAAUUGGCCCGACACCUCCUUCGGGGCUGUCAUUUACCCGGCGGUCAUCUUUGCUCUGACCAUCCCACACAUACACCACACCUUCAAACAGCUCCUAGCCACAGAUAUAGAAAGACAUAGCCUUACAAUUGGCUAUGAAGACGAAGACGGAAUCGCAACAGAAAAGUCAGAGAAAGCAACCUCGGAUUUACUGCAGCGGGUGAUCCUUUCCAUCACGGCAAUUGUUGCCGUGUUGACAGCCCUAUUAUCGUCCCUGAAUGUGACUGGUCAAAAUAGAACACCACGGGGCCUUGAGCAAUGGCUACAAUUCUCUGCUUGGGUCGCGGUGUUAUUUCAAGGAUGUGUUGUCGUCUCGCGCACCUCGCCUCAGGAUAGGUACAAGCUAGGAAUUUGGAGUGCCGUUUCAUCGCUUCUUCUCAGUAUCGUAGCGUUCUUCUUGGAUGGCUUGUGGUCAAGCCUAAAUAAAUCCGGAACAAGUAUCUCUUUGUCUGCUGUCAAAUGCACAGCGGGAAUCAUACUUUCUCUAACCAACGUCUCGUUUUCCCGUCGACCGGAGGUAUACCUAGGGAGCAAGCCGGUGGAUCGUCAACGCACCGUAUCCUUUCUCAGCCGAUACACGUUCUCGUGGCCAGCGCCGAUUUUAUCCAAAGCCGCAAAGAACAAACAGCUUGAACCCGAAGACCUUCCUGCAAUAGGAUAUGAGGUGCGCGCGCGAAUCUUGUAUGAUCGUUGGCAAUCUUGCAGAAAACAAAAGCUAUGGAGGAAAUUUCUACAGAUCUACCGGACUACCUGGUUCGCUCAGCUCGUCAUGCAACUGCUUUCUGCUGCCGCACAUUACCUCCCUCAAGUGUUAUUAUUUUUCACCCUUCGUUUGCUGGAAGAGCGUGACGCACGCGCAGAAAAUCAAAAACAAAUAUGGAUAGCAACUGUUGGCCUGGGGGGAUCGCUGUUUAUAUCAUCAUGGCUGGAUACAUUGCUGCAAUGGAUCGCAACUAUGGAGCUGGAAUUACCAAUCAGAGAGCAGCUGUCUGCAGUUAUUUUCAGCAAGGCACUCAGGAUAAAAGAGGUCGUUAGUGUGAAGUUGCAUGACAGCGCCGAGAGCAAAUCAUCGUCGAGCGAGUGCUGUGAUGAUGAUGAGGAGGAGGAUGAUGAUGAUGACGGCGACGACGAUGGACCACCAAAAACGAAGCAAUCCAUGACCAAUCUUCUAGGGGUAGACGCUGUGACGAUUGCAAAUUUUGCAAAAUACAGUCAUACUCUUCUAGACUGCAUGAUUAAGUUCGUCCUUGCGAUUGCUUUUCUUACAAAUCUUCUAGGCUGGAUACCUGUCCUAUGGACCUGUACUAUCCCAGUUGUAUUGGUCCCGUUGAAUUACUAUCUAGCCCACGGGUACAGCAAAGCGGAGGAUGCGCUCAUGACGGCAAGCGAUCGAAGAAUGGCCGUCUUGUCUGAGAUGCUACAGGGCAUCCGCCAGAUCAAGUUUACUGCUCAAGAGGACCGGUGGAAUGACAGGGUGCAGACCCUACGCUCCAAUGAGAUAAAGAAACAAGGACGGGUCUUCAAUUUCCACCUGGUCAUGAUUGGAGUAUGGACUUUUGGCCCCCUUGGCAUGAGCCUGAUCUCACUGGCAUCGUACUUCAUGGUCAACAAGACUCUAUCACCCUCAAUUGCUUUCACAGCCUUAUCCAUCUUUCAAGGCCUAAGCACCACACUUUCUAUGUUCCCAGAAACAAUCAGUGACUUAAUGAAUGCUAUUGUGAGCGCGCGGCGCAUCGAGCAGUACCUUGACUUACCGGAACAUGAUAAUUGCCACAAAGAUGGGGAAGGAAUUGCCUUCCUGCAGUCAACGAUCUCUUGGCCUUCCAACGACAUAGCAGAAGAAAAUGCUACUUUCAAGUUACACGACAUGAACUUGCAGUUCCCUCGUGGAGAGCUCACCGUGAUCGCUGGUCCAGCAGGUGCUGGCAAGAGCUUGCUGCUGUUAGCGACAAUCGGCGAGGCAGACCUGCUCCAAGGACAGAUUCUCUUCCCGCAAAGGCACUCGCAACGUGCCUAUGAUGCAUCGAUCAAUGAAUGGACGAUCGACACAUCAAUUGCUUUUGUCCCCCAAAAUCCGUGGAUUGAGAAUGGAACAGUUCGAGAGAACAUUCUAUUUGGCCUCCCACUGAAUCCAGAACGGUAUCGCGAUGUCCUACGCGCAUGCUGUCUCCAGGAUGAUUUGGAUUCAAUGCAAGAUGGUGAUCAAACUGAUCUUGGCGCAAAUGGCGUUAAUCUAAGUGGCGGCCAGAAAUGGCGUGUCGCUCUCGCUAGGGCUCUCUACAGUCAUGCUGGAAUCAUUGUCCUUGACGAUAUUUUCAGCGCGGUGGACGCUCGUGUGGGCCGUCAUCUGUUUGAAGAAGCGUUAACAGGAAGCUUAGCAAAAGGAAGAACACGAAUUGUGGCUACGCACCAUACGUCUUUGUGCUGGAGUGAGAUGAAGUAUUACGUACUACUCGAGAAUGGGCGGAUUUCAUUUGCCGGCAAGCCUGAGAAUUACUGUCUGGACUUGUACCCAAGUGGAACCGACUCUAUCCGACAUGCCGACAGUAAUGGCCCCGUUGCGCAGCAGAUACAUUUACCAGUUCUUAGCCCGGACAGUCGGAUCGCUUCGCGGCAGAAACCAUCCGAGGAGGAUGUCAAGGGAAAAGCCUUUUACGAAGCCGAGACACGAGCAAAGGGCGCUGUAAAGUUGUCAAUUUACGGCAUAUACCUAAAAGCUUGCGGUGGCUACUUAUAUUGGAUCCCCAUUGUUAUAACUCUCUGCAUUACCCUUGUGGCGGAUUUGGCGAUACCAUAUUGGGUAUCAAUCUGGACAAGAGACCUUGCAAACACGCAACCGACCACAGAAGCGAACAUUGAGUCAGCUAUGAAUGGAUUUGCUGAAACUUCUGGACAACAGUUGUCGUCUUCAUCCGCCGACAAACGCUUUUGGACUUACCUAGGCGUGUACAUCGGCCUUUUUUUCGUGACCCUUUUAACUGAAAACAUUCGUUACCAACUCGUGUUUAGGGCAUCGAUUCGAGGGUCGCUCGUUAUAUUUGAGAAGUUUUUGCUCAGAAUCUUGCAAGCCCCUUUGAGCUUUUUGGACACCACGCCCGUGGGCCAAAUCCUCAACCGCUUCAGCGCCGACUUUAGUACGCUAGAUUCAGAUCUGGGAGUGGACUUGCCCAAUAUGCUUCACGGUGGUAUGACGCUUCUCAGUGUCAUCGUUGCAGCGCUUUUUAUAUCGCCGCUGAUGGUAUGCUUUGGAUUUACCUCGCUACUUCUGUCUUGGUAUAUAGCUUCGCUGUAUGUCACAGCGGCUAGAGAUGCUAAGAGAAUAGAGAGUAACGCCAGGUCUCCUAUGUUCGAGCAGUUCGGGUCGAUCGUUGACGGUUUAGUCACGAUCCGAGCUUUCGAUAAAGUAGACCAAUAUAUGCAUCGCAUGUAUAGUACGAUAGAUGCACAUUGCCAGGCUCUCUGGCAUUUGCGCAUCUUUAAUUGUUGGAUGAUGUUCCGUCUGAACAUGGUCGGAGCUUUGUACGUAACUGUGACAGCGGCGCUGAUUGCGACUAUUAAGGGCGUUGAUGCGUCAGUAGCUGGGUUUGCCCUUAGCUUUGCCUUGCAGAUGUCCGAGGUCGUCGACUGGGUACUGUCGGAGUAUGCUGAGCUGGAGCUGGACUUCAAUGCCGUUGAACGCAUAGUAGAAUACACCCAGCUCGAGACUGAACAUCAAGGUGGUGUCCAUGCCCCAGCUGGAUGGCCUACGAAAGGGGAGAUCGAAGCGAAUGAUCUUGUCGUUGGUUACGGACGAGACUCACCACCGGCUCUACGGGGACUGAGCUUCUUAAUCAAGCCCAAUGAGCACAUUGGUAUCGUCGGACGUACUGGGUCAGGAAAGUCGUCAUUGACACUGGCACUUCUCCGCUUCCUCGAGGCCCGGUCCGGAUCCAUACACAUUGACGGCAUGGAUAUCUCUAGGCUGAGACUCCGCGACCUUCGCUCUAGGAUAGCAAUUAUCCCGCAAGACCCCGUUAUAUUUUCGGGAACACUCCGAUCAGUCCUUGACCCAUCUGAUCAGUAUGCGGACUCUGAGCUUCUCGCCGCUUUAACAAAAGUUCGCCUCACACGAUCUACAGACGAUGAACAGACUUCCGAGUCAGAAGGGAUAGGGGAAGGCUAUAAUAACACUACCGUAUCUCUUUCUUCUCCCAUAUCAGAGCGGGGAAAGAAUCUAUCCCAGGGCCAACGUCAAUUAGUGUGUCUCGCCCAGGCCCUGCUAUCGCGCCCGAAAAUCCUCAUCAUGGACGAAGCAACUUCAUCCAUUGACAUGCGCACAGAUGCGCUUAUCCAGCAAACUAUUCGUCAAGAGUUCCAGGAUUCCACUCUCAUGGUCAUCGCGCACCGGCUGUCGACUGUGGCAGACUUUGACCGGAUCUUGGUCAUGGGAGAGGGGGAAAUAGCCGAAUUUGAUACGCCAGCUGCUUUACUCGGAAAUGAAGGUGGGACGUUCUGGACCUUGGUCGAUAAGAGCGGGGAGAGGGAAUCUCUGCGUCGUGUUAUUCUGGGAGGUGAAAGGCAGUAAAAAUCGGAUGUUCGCAAUUGGUUUACAUUCCUUGCCUAAUCCUGACGUACCGGUUACUGGGCUGGAAGCCCAGUUUCGUUCUAUUUAGAUUAUAUAGGUCAAUACAUCGUUCUAGAGUCACCAUCUGCCUUGGUCCGUAGGAUUGCAUUGCAAGGUGGAGAUUUUGUUUAGGAAGUCCUCGCCUGCUAUUCUCUUGCUUGC